UUAUCUGUCAUUUUUUUGUCAUUCGAAUAGCAAACAAAAAUAAAUGAUUUAAAUUUUCCUUUAUUUUAUUUUGUACAAACUACAGAGUUUCUGUACUAAAAACAAAACCAAAAAUGAAUGUAAUAGGAGCAGUGAAGGCCUAUAUUACUAAAAUGAUUGAUGAGAGUGAUCCCGGCAUGAAAGUACUUCUUAUGGAUAAGGAAACGACCAGCAUUAUUAGCAUGGUUUACAGUCAAUCAGAGAUUCAGCAAAAGGAGGUGUUUCUGCUGGAACGUAUCGAUUUAGGUGGUACUAACAACAGCGGUAGCAAUUCAGGUCUGCGAUACUUAAAGUGUUUGGUCUUCUUACGUCCGACACCACAAAAUAUUGACCUUUUGUCGAAAGAGUUACGGAAUCCAAGGUACGGAUUUUAUUACAUUUAUUUUAGCAACAUUGUAGCAAAGGCUGACGUGAAAAUAUUGGCGGAGAAUGAUGAGCAGGAAGUCGUAAAAGAAGUUCAGGAGUUGUACAUGGAUUAUCUUGCUGUUAACCCUCAUUUAUUUUCGUUCGGUUUAUUUAACUGCAUGAACAAUUGGAAGUCGUCUACCUUACAGAAAACGGUUCAGGGUUUAGCAUCUGUUUUGUUGUCCCUGAAGAAAUCGCCUAUGAUUAGAUACCAAGCAAAUUCAGAAGUAUGCCAUGAGCUUGCACAGAAGAUCGACGGAUUUAUUAGUAAUGAAUCCGAUUUAUUCAAAUUUGGUCAAGCUAGUCAGCCCCUUUUGCUAAUAUUGGAUCGUCGAUGCGAUCCCGUUACCCCAUUGCUAAACCAGUGGACGUAUCAAGCCAUGGUGCACGAGCUUCUUGGGAUUAACAAUAAUCGUGUGAACUUAUCCAAAGUAAAGGGAAUAUCAAAGGAGUUAGCCGAGAUUGUAUUGUCCGCAGAACAAGAUUCCUUUUACGCCAUAAACAUAUAUUUAAAUUUCGGCGAAAUCGGUCAGAACAUCAAAAAGUUAAUGGAGCAGUUCCAGGAGAAAGCGAAAAGCCAUCAGAAAGUCGAAAGCAUCGCCGACAUGAAGGCUUUUGUCGAAACCUAUCCUCAAUUCAAGAAGCUCUCUGGAAACGUUUUCAAACACGUUACCGUCGUUGGUGAGUUGUCUUCGAUGGUCUCAGAAUAUGAACUGCUUGAUGUUUCCGAAAUCGAGCAAGAGAUUACCUCACAAAGUGACCAUUCCUCGCAUUUACAAAGUGUACGUAGAUUAUUAAAUCCUACAAGCCAGAAGAAAAUUCGCGACCUAGAUGCGGUUAAACUAGUGAUGCUGUAUGCGUUACACUAUCGCAAUCACGCCAGCAAUGACGUUAGAGGUCUGAUUAAAAUGUUGAAGAAGCGCAACGUGUCGGAAUACUUGAUUUCUAGCAUUGACGCAGUUUUAAGGUAUGCAGGUCGAUAUGCGCAUACGAAUGAAAUUUUCAAUGUAGUUGAAGCCGUAAAGAUUACUAAGCGCUUAUUUAAGGGCUUAAGCGGUGUCGAUAACGUCUACACACAACACAAACCUGUUUUAAAUGAAAUCUUAGACGAAAUUGCUAAAGGUCGUUUACGGGAAGAUUUAUACCCACGACUGAACGGUUUCACAAGUCAGCAAAUCAAUCCUCGUUCACAAGAUGUGAUUGUAUUUUUUAUUGGUGGUGUCACAUAUGAGGAAUCUUUAUCUGUACAUGUUUUCAACAAAAAUAAUCCCGGGAUGCGUGUGAUUUUAGGGGGGACAACUAUUCACAAUUCGAAAAGUUUUCUGGAGGAAGUGAAUGAGACUAUUAGGGCCAAUGUUUAAGUAUUCAUAAGUUAAAUUAUUAUAAUAAAUGUUUAUAUCAUUCCGUUAAUUUAUUUAUAUGUGUGAUAUGUAUAUAAUACAUAAUUUAAUAAAAAAUUGAAUAAUA